GUUUCUCCGGUCGGUUUCCCAAACCCGAGAGGGUGACGCCGCCGUUGUCGCCUGCCUCCUCCGCUCGCGCGGGACGCGGCCGCCGCCAGCCAUUAGGGUGUAGGGGGUCUAGGAGGCUUCGUGUCCUCACCCGGCGAUGUGGUGGAGGGCCGCGAGGGCUCGCCGGCGGAUCGCCGGGGCGCGAGCGGCGUCCACGGCGGAGGGGGCGGAGAGGAAGAGCUGCCGCGCCGUGGUUGUGCCUCGGUUCGGCGGGCCGGAGGUGCUGGAGGUGAGGCAGGGGGUGCCGGUGCCUGGUCUGAAGCCAAGGGAGGUGCUCGUGCGCGCGCGCGCCGUCUCCAUCAACCCCCUGGACCUGCGAAUGCGGUCUGGUUAUGGGCGUUCAAUAUUUGAGCCAGUCCUACCUCUGAUCAUUGGCCGGGAUAUAAGUGGUGAAGUUGCAGCUACAGGGACUUCUGUGUCAUCAUUUACUAUUGGGCAAGAAGUGUUUGGUGCUUUGCAUCCAACAGCCAUAAGAGGGACAUACACCGAUUAUGCAAUUCUUUCACAAGAUGAGCUUACUUCGAAACCAUCUACACUCACUCAUGUGGAGGCUAGCGCUAUCCCAUUUGCUGCUCUGACUGCAUGGCGUGCUUUACAUGGUACGGCUCGAAUUUCUGAAGGACAAAGAGCACUUGUAAUUGGUGGAGGUGGGGCUGUUGGGCUAGCUGCUGUUCAGCUUGCAGUAGCUGCAGGGUGUAGUGUUUCUGCAACAUGUGGAACCAAAAGUAUUGAACAAGUUUUGGCCGCUGGUGCUGAAAAAGCCAUUGAUUACACUACUGAGGAUACCGAAUCAGCAGUUAAAGGAAAGUUCGAUGCAGUGUUGGAUACCAUAGGAGUACCUGAAACUGAGAGAAUUGGCAUUAAUGUUCUGCGUAGAGGUGGACACUAUAUGACCCUUCAGGGAGAAGCGGCUGCCCUAGCAGAUAGAUAUGGAUUGGCUGUGGGACUUCCUGCUGCUACUGGUGUUUUACUAAAGAAACAAAUGCAGUACCGUUAUUCUCAUGGGAUAGAUUAUUGGUGGACAUACAUGAGAGCUGACUCCGAAGGACUUCAUGAGAUACACAGGCUGUCUGGAGCUGGGAAAUUGCAGAUACCAGUGGAGAAGACUUUUCCCAUCAGCCAAGUAAGAGAAGCUCACGAGGCCAAGGAGAAAAGGCUAGUGUCCGGCAAGGUGGUUCUAGAAUUUGACUAGUGUUAGUGAGAUUUUUCUCUGAUAGGCACAGAAGAACCGCACCUAUCUGUAAAUCGUAAGAUGCUUUUCCUUUUCGUCACUUUUGAGAAUCCGUAUCGGUUUGAUCCCUGAAGAAAUUUGGUCGUCCUCUAGAUACAUGUUAUCAUACAUGCAAAUGCAGUAAACAAUAAUGUGAGGCCCGAAAGAAUUUCUAGAUCCUUUUGUACA